AUGGGUAAGGACUACCAGGGCGACGUCGACAGCAACCUGCAGAAACUGCAAAAGGGCAUCCAACAUGACGGCCUGAAGGCCAUCCUGGAGGAGGUCUACUCCCGCAACCCGGAGCAGGCCGAGUUCCUGCAGGCCGUGCGCGGCAUGGCCCUCAGCAUCGCCCCUGUCUUCGAAAAGCACCCCGAGUACCUCCCGGCUUUCCGCAUGCUGACGGAGCCGGAGCGCCAGGUCAUCUUCCGUGUGCCCUGGGUGGACGACGCGGGCGUGUGGCAGAUGAACCGCGGCAUGCGCGUCCAGUUCUCCUCCGCCAUCGGCCCCUACAAGGGCGGUCUGCGCUUCCACCCCUCUGUCACCCUGUCCAUCAUCAAGUUCCUGGGCUUUGAGCAGAUCUUCAAGAAUGCACUCACCACGCUGCCCAUGGGCGGCGGCAAGGGCGGCGCCGACUUUGACCCCAAGGGUCGGUCCGACAGCGAGAUCAUGCGCUUCUGCCAGUCCUUCAUGACCGAGCUGUACCGCCACAUCGGCUCCGACACUGACGUCCCCGCCGGCGACAUCGGCGUGGGCGGGCGCGAGAUCGGGUACAUGUACGGGCAGUACAAGCGCAUCACACGCGACCGCGCCGGCGUGCUCACUGGCAAGGGCAUGGGCUGGGGCGGGUCCGAGAUCCGGCCUGAGGCCACCGGCUACGGCGUAGUGUUCCUGGCCGAGUACUUGCUGGCAGACCGCGGCGACUCGCUGGAGGGCAAGCGCUGCCUGGUGUCCGGUUCUGGCAACGUCGCGCAGUACUGCGUGGAGCUGCUGCUGGAGAAGGGCGCAGUGGUGCUGUCCAUGUCGGACUCACGCGGCAUGAUCUACGCGCCCGAGGGCCUGAGCCGUGAGGACCUGGCCGCGGUGAUGAAGCUCAAGUCGCAGCACGACGGCAAGCUGGAGGACCUGGAGCUGGAGGGCGUGGAGUACCGCGGCGACGCGGCGCAGCCCUGGUUCCUGGACACGGAGGUUUUCGGCGCCUUCCCCUGUGCCACGCAGAACGAGCUGGGGGAGGAGGCGGCCAAGGCACUGGUGAAGCACGGCGUGCAGAUCGUGCUGGAGGGCGCCAACAUGCCCUGCACGCUGGAGGCGGAGGAGGUGUUCACCGCCGCCGAGGGUGUGGCCUUUGUCACGGGCAAGGCCUCCAACGCGGGAGGUGUGGCGGUGUCGGGGCUGGAGAUGGCACAGAACCGCUCCUUUGUGCCCUGGUCGCGCGAGGACGUGACCACCAAGCUGCAGGGCAUCAUGAAGGCCAUCUACGACGACAUCACGGGUGCGGCGGCUGAGUACGACACAGACCUCAUCAACGGCGCCAACAUUGCGUCCUUCGAGAAGGUGGCCAAGGCUGUGCUCGCCCAGGGCGCGGUGUGA